AACCUGAGGAGAUUUCCCUCUAGGCAAAGGACCAAGCAGGUUCUUAUAGAAUCCUCCUCCUCUGCUUCCUCCUUCUCCUCCUCCUCCUGCAGAGCUGGUUGGAUGGGGGGCUGUCCUGCUCCAUCACCACAUUUGGGGUCAUUGUCCCCCAGCAACACUGGGAGAGAGGGAAAGGCCCAGGGUUGGUGCUGCUGGCGGUGUCUGGAGGGUUCCACCAAAUCCAGCUCCGUGGGGCAUUGGGAUCCACCUGCUAAGGAGCGCAGCAGAGCCCCAGGCACAGGGAGUGGUGCAAGACAAAGCCGGGAAUUACAAAAAUUACAAACCGAGAGGACAGAAUUCACCCCGGGUGUCGCAAUCCUGCCGCUAUAAACGCGGCCCGAGCGCGGCCGGCGCCGCUGCCCGAGGAUGUGGCUGUACGUGGCGGCGGCUCUGCUGGGGCUGUUCCUGCUGCGGCGCUGGCACCGGGAGCGCCAGACGGUGCCGCGGCUGUCGGAGAAGCACGUGCUGAUCACGGGAUGCGACAGCGGCUUCGGGAACCUGCUGGCCCGGCAGCUGGACGCGCGGGGGCUGCGGGUGCUGGCCGCCUGCCUGACCGAGGCCGGGGCCGCGCAGCUGCGGGCAGCCACCUCCAACCGGCUGCAGACCGUGCUGCUGGACGUCACCUCCAGCAAGAGCAUCGCCGAUGUCACCGCCUGGGUCCGGGAGCGCGUGGGUGAUCGAGGGCUCUGGGGGCUGGUGAACAACGCAGGGAUCGCCAUCCCCACCGCCCCCAACGAGUGGCUGACCAAGGAGGACUUUGUCAAGGUGCUGGACGUCAACCUGGUGGGGCUGGUGGAGGUGACGCUGAGCCUCCUGCCGCUGGUGCGGCGGGCGCGGGGCCGCGUGGUCAACGUGGCCAGCGUGAUGGGCCACGUGUCCUUCUUCGGUGGCGGGUACUGCAUCUCCAAGUACGGCGUGGAGGCCUUCUCUGACAGCCUCAGGCGGGAGCUGCGUCCCUUUGGGGUGCAGGUCUCCAUCAUCGAACCUGGAGGCUUCCAGACCGGGAUGAUCGACCCCGCGCCGCUGGUGGACGGCUUCGUUCGCCUCUGGCAGCGGCUCCCGGCAGAAGCUCAGGCCGCCUACGGCCGCCGCUACCUGGACAAAUAUGCCGAGAGCACCACGCUGCUGCACCGCCUGAGCAGCUCCCGCCUGUCGCUCGUCACCGAUGCCAUGACACACGCGCUGCUCUCCCGCUGCCCCCGCAGCCGCUACGCCGCCGGCUGGGAUGCCUGCCUCAUCUUCCUGCCCCUCAGCUACUGCCCGGCCUGGCUGUCCGACACCAUCCUCGGCCUCUUCCUGCCCAUCCCGGCCAGCGCGGUCCCCUGA